UAAAGGCGAGCGCGCGGCUCCGCGAGCGUCAUUACAAGUUGUGAAGUGGACCAGGACACACAGCGCUAUGCUUCACGGAGCUGCAGAGGAACAGGAUGGAGAAAGCAGUGCUCUGCAGUGCACUCGACACUCCCAGGGCGACUCUUUUACGCAUGGAACAUAAACAAGUUGAGAGGAUGCAGAUAUGCAUUUUCACAUGUCUCAUUUGGUCUUUGCCAGCACCGGAAUACCACAUCCUAUAGCACAGCAAGAAAGUGAAGGAAAUCCUUGAAGUUUUUAUGAUACUUUUUUUUUUUUUUUAAUGCAACCAGAGCGCGGAUAACUCUUUUCAUGAUGACACGCAAGAAACGCAGAGGAUGAGCGCACGCACGGUUUAAAAGCUGGUCCACCGGCCAACGAUGGAGCGCUCCGGUGCCUUCAAGCCGACCCCCGUGGCGUAUGCAGAGCUCCUGAACCUCUCGUCCAACUCCACAGACUCGAAUUACACGGGCGUGACGGCGGAAAAGAGCGCGAGCGUGCUUGCGCAGGCGAGCGCGGCUGUGUUUUUGUCCCUUCUCACGUGCGCUACAGCUCUGUCCAAUGCCUUCGUCAUUGCCACCAUAUAUCAAUCCCAGAAGCUGCACACACCAGCCAACCUUCUGAUAGGCUCGCUGGCUGUCACUGACCUGCUCGUGUCCGUGUUGGUGAUGCCUGUGAGUGCUGCGUACACGAUUAGCCAGACGUGGACGCUGGGUCAGGUGGCGUGUGACCUGUGGCUAUCAUCAGACAUCACGUGCUGCACAGCAUCCAUUCUUCACCUAUGCGUGAUUGCACUUGACCGCUACUGGGCCAUCACGGACGCCGUGGGGUACUCUGCGAGGCGCACGCGUGGCCGCGCGGCCGCCAUGAUCGCUGGCGCCUGGAUCAUUGCCAUAUCCAUCUCGGUGCCACCCUUCUUCUGGCGCCAGGUCAAGGCGGAUGAAGAGGUCACCAGCUGCCACGUCAACCAAGACCACGUCUUCUACACCAUCUACUCUACUUUCGGAGCCUUCUACAUCCCUACACUGCUGCUGGUGGCGCUCUACGGAAGGAUUUACGUAGAGGCCCGGAAACGGAUCUUGAAACAGUCGCCCCAAAAGCCGGGCAAAAGACUCACAUCCGCCCACUUGAUCACACACUCGCCUGGCUCGGUGGCAUCCACUACAUCACUGACAUAUGGCACAGCUGAGUUGGCAUCGUACGAUGGUACAGCCUCUGUCCCAGCAAACAGUCAGGUGAAAGUCACCAUGUCUGACGCGCUUCUGGAGAAGAAGCGGAUCUCUGCGGCUCGGGAAAGGAAGGCAACGAAAACUUUAGGGAUUAUACUCGGGGCUUACAUUGUGUGCUGGCUGCCAUUCUUCAUUUACACGUUACUCGUGCCUAUCUGCACCUCAUGCACAUUUUACCCAGAGCUGUUCGACUUGUUCACGUGGCUCGGCUACCUGAACUCGCUCAUCAACCCUAUUAUUUACACCAUGUCCAACGAGGACUUCAAACAGGCUUUCCAUAAACUUAUGCGCUUUAACUGUUGCCGAUCUUGAGUACUUUGUAAUGGGAAGACAUGUGAAGGGCCAAUCAGUGAGGAAAACAAUGAGAAUAGAACAUGAGACUAUGACUACAGUCACAGUGCCGGUAUCCUUCUCUCUCCAUAGCAUUGUCUGUCUGUGGGGGAAAAAAAUAUAUCAACAUACGGUGCAAACAAAUCAGUGAGCAUUUAUCUUAAGCACAGCCGUCAGAAUUCACCGCUCUGAAUUUUAAAGUGUCUUUGUGGCUUUGGUCAUGUUCACACCAUCAGAGCAAUUUAGUAUUUUUACACUCAUUUUCAGUGUUCUAGCUUUUGCGAUUGUAGUGUAAAACACAUCACCUGGAGUUUUUGUCACCAUCAUGUCUUAUACAGUGUAUACAGUGGUGUGAAAAAUAUUAGAAUCCUACAUCUAACAUUGUGUUGCAUAGUCACUGCUUUUUGAUGGCGCUCUCUGUGACAAAGUUUCCAGCUGAAGCAACACUUCAACCCCCUUUAAAGUCUCAACUUAUUAUUCAACUGUUAUUCAAUAGCUACAGUUGAAUUCUUGAUUCUGAUUGGUCAGAAGGUGUUGAUCGUUUUUCUUUAACAGCACCCUUGACAGUAGUUCUGGUUGUUCGUCUAAUACGUUACCAUUGUUAUACUAACUACUGUAUGGCGGACGAUCCCCAUAAACCACAUAUUUAAUAAAAAUAAUGGAAUUAGAAAUAUGUCAUUAUUCAGCAAAGAAAGAUGUAUAAUCAUUGACAGGAUGUAGGCCGUCUUUAUUUAUGGAAGGAGUCUCCAGUUUCAGAGCGUUGUAACACGACAACGUUGUAACAUGUCUCACAGAUGUUCCAACUUGACGUAGUUCGUUAAAAGAUUACAAAUUGUAAUCGUUUCCAAAUUUGCUUUGGUGUAAGAGGAAGUGCUGUGAAGUUAUUCAAAAUAAUAAUAAUCAUCUUUGGGGUGUAACUGUGUCAUCACAGAUACCCCAUCGUUGGAUAUUUUCUUUGACAAAAAAAUAUGAUUUUGCUUAAUAUACAUUAAAGUACGGUUGCACUGGGAUGACUUUGGAUAGCUUGCAGAAUGUUUAUUCUCGAUAUUGUUAAAGGUCACUGGGAUGAUUAGCUCUGCUAUGCUACAAAAGUGUGGAAAACAGUAGUUAUGAAUAAGCGUGUAAUAUUUAGAGCUUGAUUUAGGAUUCAUAAAUUUGGUCCUAUGUAUUAUUAUUAUUAUUAUUAUUAUUAUUAUUAUUAUUAUUAUUCAGAAUUUCUAUGCAUGAGUACUGCAAAAGCGGUUGUUGAGCGUAAAAAGUAAGAUAACUACGAUCUUCAUUUGGUCCUGCUGCAAUUUAGUUCACAGUUGAGGAAAAUGAAUUCCGAUAUUUCUCACGCCACUGUAAAGUAAUCAAACAUGCAUAUGGCCUCGAGAGAAUAGAUAUGAUUUUUUCAGUAGAUCCAAGAAGCAGGAUCAUCGCUCUGAACGCAGAAGUCUGGAAUGUGCUUGAUGGAAUAUAAAUGCACAGAAAUUAUUCCUGAGAGCUCUGAUUUUGACAGCAGGUCUGACGUAUCAGCACGCCUACUGCUGAAAAUGGAAACAUCAGCUCCCCGCCACUGCUAAGGACGCCAGUGUGUAUUGUUAUUUAACAACAAUUAUUAUUCUCCAAAUGAAGUCUGCGGUUGUGAAGCUGUGUGUGGCACAUCGGCAAAUACCAAAUGAGCACAAAUGACAUAAAUGCAAAUGAACCAUGAUCACCUUGCCAUGGAGCGCAAAUCAAUUGGACGGCAUUACUACAAAAUGUCCCCAUUUCCGGCACAAUAAGGCUGCAGUGUUGAUAUCAUGAGCAUCCGUAAACAAAGCUAUUGCUGUACUAUAAGCUUCUGCGCAUAUAAGCAAUGUUCUGUAACAACCUUUGUUGCAAAUGUUGCAGAUUUGCAGGCCAAUGGAGCUAAAGAGCUGCUGCUAUUAUGAAAAAAAUAAAUAAAAAAGAAAUACAAUUACGAUUAAAGGUCAUACUAUUUUUUUUAUAGACAUAGGGAUCUUUCCAAAAGUUCCAGCGCACUAAAGAUGAAGUAAAUAAUCAUUUUUGACAGCGUUCCUCCAAUACAGAGAGCCGUUCUCCUACCUCAUCUUCAUUUUCAGUUUGCAUCAGCAGCAUUUGCAUAUGCUGUGGGAAUAAAGGAAAUCCCAAUUAACACACCAUCUUGAGUUUAUUCUGUGUUUCUUCUGUUUGGAUGAACAAAUUUUUUUUAAACUGAGUGGAGAAAAGUAUGCAAAACUGGACAUAUGCCUUUGGAGGAGAAACUAAAUCAAAAGCAUAUAUACAGUGGGGUCUGGAAGUCUGAGAUCACUUUUGUAAAUGCUUCUAUUUUGCAUUCUUUUCUAAAUUAAUACACCAAUUUACAUUACAAAUUAUAACAACUUGAGUGAAAAUUUUAAUCUUUGACAUAUUUACAUGAAUUUCAGAGUUUCUUAGUAUUUUGUAUGCCCACUUUUUUUUUGCUUUAAUGACAGUGUUCACUUGAGCUGGCAUGGAGUCCACACGUUUGUGCAAAAAUUUAGGAUCCAUAUUAGAUCCAAUCCAUCAGAGUGUUGUCUGAACACGUGCUUCAAUAGAAGAGAUUAAGCAUAAGGAAAAUCUGACCUUUUGUACAAAGCAGUUAACUUUGCUCAAUAUCACUAAUUUGCUUAAAUUUAAAUAGGGACCUAGAAAUAGUACAGAAUCUUGAAUACUUUCUUCAAUUUACUUUCUUUGUUUUAAAUACAAAAUUCUAAAGCCUUCGAUUUAUUUCCAAUUUAAAAAAAAAAAACAAAAAAAACACAGAUUUUAAAUGUGUCUCAGAAUUU